CGCACAAUUGCCCCUAUCCUCCGCUCCGCUUAGAGAGUUCUGCCUGAUCCCUUGGCCUAAUUCCCUGGUUGAAGUCCAGAGCAGGCUGUGGAGAGGGAAGACCAUCGCCCCACCCCGCCCUGCAGCCCUCUGUCCUGCAAGGCGCAGGGCCUUAGGGCCUCGGGUGCAGGCUCUCGGUCCGGUCCCGGCGACCGGGGUAGUCCUCGCGGCAGGUGCAACACAGAGGCAGCGUGCGGCAGAUGUUGACCUCCAGAGUGGCACCUGUGACAGUCUGACGUAAGGAUGGCAGCCAGGGUGAUUUGGGGUAGCCUCGGCCUGCUUCGAGUCUUGUGGUGUCUCCUUCCCCAGACUGGCUACAUACACCCAGAUGAGUUCUUCCAGUCACCGGAGGUCAUGGCAGAGGACAUCCUGGGUGUGCAGGCUUCCCGGCCCUGGGAAUUUUACCCCAGCAGCUCCUGCCGCACUGUGGUCUUCCCACUGCUGACCUCUGGCUCUACCUUCUGGUUGCUCAGGCUCUGGCAAGAGCUGGGGCCCUGGCCUGGUGUGGUGAGUGGCUACGUGCUGCUGGUGGGGCCCCGAUUCCUCCUCACUGCACUUUCCUUUGCCCUGGACUGGGCUAUGUACGAUCUGGCCCCACUGUGGGGGGCAGACCGUUGGAAUGCCUUGUGCCUGCUGUCCGGUUCCUAUGUCACCCUGGUUUUCUACACAAGGACCUUCUCCAACACCAUCGAGGGACUGCUCUUCACCUGGCUGCUGGUGCUGGUGUCCCCUCAUGUGGCAAGAAGUCCCACGUCAAAGAAGCCUACCCCGGGUCCAUGGUGGCACAGCUGCCUCCUUGGUGCGAUCGUGGCUGCUGGCUUCUUCAAUCGGCCAACCUUUCUAGCCUUUGCUCUGGUCCCCCUCUCUCUCUGGGGCAUCCACAGAGCCUUGGAACUUGGCACCAAGGCCCUGAUCCAGGAGGCCCUGGUGCUGUUGCCGGGGGCUACUCUGGCUGCGGUGCUCUUUGUAGCCAUAGACAGCUGGUAUUUCUCCAGUCUCUCCAGAUCCAGUAGCCUUGUCCUAACACCUGUCAACUUCUUGUACUACAACCUGGAUCCCCAAAACCUUGCAAAGCAUGGCACACAUGCACGGCUCACCCACCUGGCAGUCAAUGGCUUCUUGCUCUUCGGGGUACUGCAUGCUCAAGCUCUGCAGGGUGCAUGGCAACAUCUCCGUGGCUGCAUCCAUGCAUUUGCACCGAUGAGCCUCAUGAGAGUGCUGGGUGCCCAGGGGCUAUUGUCUAGCUCCAAGUCUUACCUCCUUCUCCUGUACUUCAUACCGCUGGUCCUGUUAUCCGCCUUCAGCCACCAGGAGGCUAGAUUUCUGAUCCCUCUCAUAGUCCCUCUAGUCCUGCUUUGCUGUCCACAAAGACAACCUAUACCCUGGAAGGGUACCCUGGUCCUCUUCAAUGCUCUAGGUGCCCUCAUCUUUGGCUGCCUGCAUCAGGGAGGUUUGGUACCUGGUCUUAAGUACCUGGAGCAGGUAGUCCAUGCACCUGCCCUCUCGGGCACGAACACCCACUACACACUUCUCUUCACUCACACUUACAUGCCUCCCCAGCACCUCCUACACCUCUCAGGCUUGGGAUCACCUGUACAGGUGGUGGACAUGGGUGGGGCCGAGGACUGGGUCCUGUGCCAAGCCCUGAAUGACUUCAGCAGACAACCAGCCUGCCAACAGGCCGGUGGGCCAUGGCUCUGCCGACUCUUUGUAGUAACUCCUGGGACCAACAGGCAUGCCCUGGAGAAGUGCAGUUUUCCCCUCAAGAAUGAGACCCUCUUGUUUCCCCACUUGACCCUAGAGGACCCUCCAGCGCUGUCCUCCCUGCUCAGUGGGGCUUGGAGGAACUACCUUAGUCUCCACGUCAUAGAGCUAGAGAAGCCAGUUAGGACUAAGCAGCCCAAGGUUCAGCCAUAGAAGGUUCCAGUCCACCCUCUCCACAGGCUUCCGGGCUGGACAAUGGAACAGGACUCCCACUGCUGUCUCUUGUGGGCACAGAGGUGGUUGUUUUAGGUGAG